AUGCUAGACUCGCUUGACCCAAAAUGGGACCCAAGGAAACCGCAACCAGAAGACUAUGAACACAGAAUGACACCACAAACAGAGAAAAUAGACGGAAUAGAAACAAUAGACAUAGACCAAAGAAUCACUACAACAGGCACUGUCGCAGAUAUCUUCCGCAUCUUCACAGACGAAGAAACCAACCCAAGCAAAACCGCACCAGACCGAACACCCACAGAAGACCCUGAAAGCGAAACAAUAGAGCUAGAGGUCUAUACAGACGGCUCAGCAACGAAUAACGGCAGAAUGGGGACAAAGGCAGGCUCAGGGAUCUUCUUCAGCGAUGAUGAGGACAGCAGUAAAGCGAUCCGGAUACCAGAGGAACUAGAACCCUCAAACCAAGUCGCCGAGAUGCUAGCAAUUAAAGAAACGGCCGAAAUGUGUCCACCCGGAGCGCCGCUUCAUAUCAGAUCAGACUCGAUGUACUGUAUCAACGGACUCACUAAGAGCCUUAAGAAGUUGGAAGACACAGGGUUCUUCCUAGCUGCAAACGGAGACUUAGCAAAACUGACAAUCACAAAGAUCAGGAACAGAAGAGCAAGAACGAGACUCACAUGGGUGAAAGGACACACCGGUGUCCAUGGAAACGAAGCGGCGGACAGACUAGCGGACGCAGGACGACAAAAAGAAAACGCAGACAUCAUAGAUACAUGCGUGGAUAAAUCGCUAAUCCUUCCUGGCGCGAAGCUAAAAGCGAUGACACAAUCGACUGUAUACAAAAUUAUCAGAAGAAACAAAAUGAGGACGGACAAGUACCAAGACGCACUGGAACGGAAGGCGACAAAACGUAACAUGGAGACCGCACAGGAGGAAACCAUUAUCAAGGAACCAGAACCAAAAGGAGCAGCGACGGAAGCCCAAGUAUGGAUGGCCACCAGACACCGAGAUUUCUCGAGAAGCGUGAGGUACUUCCUAUGGAUGCUAAUCCAUGACGGGUACAAGGUCGGAGAACACUGGAAAAGAAUCCCAGGGCACGAAGAAAAGGCGCACUGUAGCCACUGCGGGGAAGACACCCUUGAGUCCAUGAAACAUAUCCUCCUGGAAUGCGAAGCAACGGGCCAACAAGAGAUAUGGAAACUAGCCUGUAAACUAUGGGAGAUGAGAACGGGAUCUGCACUGGAACCCACCAUAGGCAAGAUAAUGGCCUGCGGCGCCAUCCAGCAAGAGGACGCAAGCCUAUCCAGACUAUUCCGCAUCAUCAUCUCAGAAUCGGCGCACUUGAUAUGGAGGAUUCGGUGUGAACGUGUCAUCCAAGAGAAAGAUAACGCAUCAACCACGGAAGUCGAGAGCCGAUGGAAAAAAACGAUUAACACAAGACUACUCAUCGAUUGUAAGAUGACCAAUGCGGCAAGAUACGGAAAAAGAUCACUCAAACCUUCUCUGGUCAAGAAGACAUGGGCUAAGACCCUAAAAAACGAGGUAAACCUCCCGGACGACUGGACCAAGGGAGGCGGGGUUUUGGUGGGUAUCGGUUAA